AUGCCCGCCCAGUCUCUCAUCCUCUACUGGCCAGCUGUCCUCCAGCUGCAGGUCUGGCGCCUCAUCACGACCUUCACCUACUUCGGUUCUGUCGGUCACAACAUGUUGAUGGAGACUGUCUUCAUGCUCAACUACUCCAAGUCCAUGGAGACUCUUUACGACGGCAAGAGAGCUCAGUACCUCUGGCAUCUCCUGCUCAAUGGGGUUGCGCUCAUGCUGCUCAACACGCUGGUGGGGCUGCUGGGCGUGGGGAUGGACCAGGAGGACGGGACUAAGAUCCCGGGGCUGCCGUUCCUGGCGCAGCCGCUGCUCUACUCCAUCGUGUGGAUGUGGGCCAGACGAAACCCCGAGACUCAGAUGAGCGUCUUCGGCUUCUUUAAUGUCAAGGCUGUCUACUUCCCUUGGUUUCUUCUCGCUUAUCACUGCGUGAUGGGCGGAGGGCUCAACAUCUUCUACCUCAUGGGCUUUGCGGUUGGGCACUUGUUCCACUUCCUCAGCAAUAUGCAUCCUUACACGCAGAAGCUGAGGUGA